AUGACCCAGUGGCACUGGGUGGUCCUGUGUAAGUUCCACUCUGUGUUCCUGUCUCAGAAAGGCCAGGUCUUCACCUGUGGACAUGGACAGGGAGGAAGACUCGGCCACGGAGAUGAACAGACUUACCUGGUUCCUCGCAUGGUAGAGGGUCUGAUGUCCCAUCACUGCUCCCAGGUGGCGGCAGCUAAAGACCAUACGGUGGUGCUGACAGAAGAAGGCUACGUUUACACUUUUGGCCUCAACACCUUUCACCAGCUUGGUCUGGCUCCUCCUCCUGCUUCAGCACAUGUCCCCAAACAGGUUUUCUCCAAGACACUGAAAGGCAGGACAGUGAUUGGAGUUGCAGCUGGAAGGUUUCACACAGUGCUGUGGACCAGGGAGGCAGUCUACACAAUGGGACUGAAUGGAGGCCAGCUGGGUUAUUUGCUGGAUCCUAACGGAGAGAAGUGUGUGACAGCCCCGCGGCAGGUAUCAGCCCUGCACCACAAAGACGUUACCAUAGCCAUGGCAGCAGCAAGUGAUGGAGCAACAGUAGUCGUGACUGAGAAGGGGGACGUCUACCUGCUGGCUGACUACCAGUGCAAGAAAAUGGCUUCAAGGCAGCUGAACAUUAAGAAAGUUCUGGUCAGCGGUGGUAGUCUGGAUCACCGUGUGAUUCCACAGAUCCUGAACGAGGGGGGAGGGGAAAAGGUGGCCAUCUUGGCUUUAGAUGAAGCUGGAAGGGUGUUUUGCUGGCGUACCUGCGGCAGCUCAGUGAGACAGUGCCGGUGGGCGUACGGACGCCAGGUUUUCAUGUCGGACAUAGCUCUCAGCAAGAACGGCAUGAUGUUUGUGACUCAGGAGGGGGAGGGCUUCAGCGGCGUGUGGGCUGGAGAAUAUAAGAAGUAUGGGGAGAAGAAAGAGGUCAGUGUGGAGGUCUGUGGCCAUUCAGACGCUGGGACCCUGUACGAGCGAAUCCGCCUGGAGAAACUCCCGUAUGUCCACAGAGCUGUCAGCAUCACCAUGGACUCUAAAGGCCGAAAUUUUGGAGUGCUUCAGUCUGACCCCAAAACAAGCUUGUAUGAGAUUCCCAUCAUUUCUCCAUCCUCCUUCUCCCAACACUUCCGGAGCCUUCUGGAUGAGGCAGACGAAAUGGACAGCAUCCACGAUGUGACCCUUCAGGCCGGCAAUUGCACCUUCCCGGCACACAAGUACAUCCUAUCCAUGAGGUCCGAGUUCUUCCGCAAGCUGUUCAUGUCUGAGCAUUGCAGUGUCGAUGAGGAGCUUGAUGGAGAAGUGAGGAAGAGCGAAGAUGCCGUGGGCUGUGAUUUAAUCAUUUUGGAGAAAAUCCCAGCAGACAUGCUGGAGUACACCCUGCACUUCAUCUACACAGACUCCUGUGAGUUGCUGGUGCACGGGGCCCGGCCCAGAGUCUCAGGGGCGCUGACGGGACAAAAUCAGGACUUGGAGCAGGAGAGGCUUAUCAGCAGCCUGCAGGACUUGGGCUUGAGAGGUCGUUCAGCCCUGGACGUGUACCGCUCCCUCCCCCCUGCAGCCAAAGGAGAUGGUGACAAGACCAAGAGCAAGUGUGCCAAGCCUGGCAAGAAGGGGAAAGGAGGCAAAGGUGACAAGGCUGGGGCCAAUGACGGAGGUGCCAACCCAGUGAAAACCUUACAGGGUGUUGCUAAAAAACUGGGCCUGGGAAGCCUGUCUGUACGACUCGACGGGGUCAAAUAUGAAGGUGGAAAGAUCAAUGUUAUAAAUAAAAAAACUGGCAACAAACCAAAAUUCUACCAGAAAAAAUGCUCCUAUCUGUGUGAUGUUACUCUGAAAUCUGAAGAUGGGAAAGAGUUUCCAUGCCACAAAAGUGUCCUCUGUGCAAGACUAGAAUACUUCAACAGUAUGCUCGGAAACCCCUGGAUUGAGGCUACAUCCUGCACUGCACUAGAGAUGGCCACCAGCUCUGAGAUUCUGCAGGUCAUCCUUGAGUAUAUUUACACAGACGAGUCUCCCACCAUUAAAGAGUCUCUGAAUGUUGAGUUUGUCUGCAACGUGUUGGUUGUGGCUGACCAGUUGCUAAUCACCCGACUGAAGGAGAUGUGCGAGGUCGUCAUCACUGAGAACUUGAGGGCAGAUCUGCUGGCAGUAACUAUAUCCCCUGCAGUUGAGAAAACCCUCUCGCUGGGGACUGAGGUGGCAGAUACAGCCAGAGCGCUGGAUAUUCUUAGCGAUGAAGUGCUUGUGGAGCUUUCUGCAGCCUACAGGAGGAUGAUCCCAGCCAUGCAGAAGAGGGUUAUCACUCCAUAUCCUGGUGCCCCAGACCUCAGUAUGUAUGAGGAUGAAGAUUUGGACUCUGCUUUCAGUCCCAAACCAGAAGCAGAACUGGAUCACUCCUGCAGGGAAAUGCUGCUAAAGAAGGCCAAGAUGAAGGCUAAAAAGAAACCAAGAAGACGCUCUGACAGCUCAGGGGGCUACACUCUCUCUGAUAUCAUUCAAAGUCCCCCUGCUGCAGUGGUCUCAGCGUCCCUGGUGAAGUCCGGGAAGGCGAACUCUACAGAGUCGCUGCAGGAGCUGCUCACAUCUGACUCGGAGGGCAGCUACAUGGGGGUGGGCAGUCCCAGAGACAUGCAGUCACCAGUCUUCCAUGACAGAGCUGAGGAUGAGAAGGCUUUCAGUCAGAGGCUUAAGACCCCACCCAGCACCCCGACCUCCCUGAGGGACUGCCUCCCGACUCCCCCAAACUCUGCUCCACAAACCAUCCCCAAGGUCCUUCCCUGUCCUGCACGUCCACCCCCAGUCCUGGAUCUGAGAACCAUCAUGGACAUGGAGGCCAACUCUUUGCAGACUCUCGGAGCGACUCCUAAAAGCCCUGGAAGUGUCAGCACCAGCAUUAAGCACUCCCCUAUUCCUGCUAAACUGUCCCAGAAGCAGAGGAAGAUGUUGGCAAUGGCCAACAAGGAAGCCAGUGUCGAGUCUACUGCAUCCAAACCAACCCCCACAGUCACCCCAUCCAAAAGCAGUGGGAAGGCCUGGGCAACAGCAGUCCAGUCUCCACCCUCCUCUUGCUCAUUUCGGGCGCUGCUGGAGGAGGAGGAGAACCGCUUGAUCAGAGUGGGACAAACGGGAGCGCAGAGGGGCCAAGGUGCCCAGGUGUCCCCCGUUACUGCUACUCCUGCAACCAGGAGGGUCACGUUCAAAUGUUCUGAAAGCAGCGAACCAGAGAGACCCACUGGGCCCUGGGUGAUGGGAGCAGUGGGCAGCCCUCCCCUCUCCUCCCUGGUGACCUUUGCCUCCAUCGUGGAGGAAGAGAAGCAGCAGGAAGCCGCACUGAUCCGCAGCCGAGAGAAGCCGCUGGCACUCAUCCAGAUAGAAGAGCGAGCUAUCCAAGACCUACUGCUCCAUUACAAAGCGCGUGACAACCCAGAUGAGCUGAUAGUGGUGGAGAGGUCUUCCAGAGGUCCUAUAGCAACUCCAACCUGGAACAAACACUGAUGUUAAAGCAGCACAGGCGCUACAAAGCAUCAAAUUGAGAACAUGCCCUUUAGUCGUCACUCUUAUCAUUGGCAGUGUCCGCGAAACAUCAUCAUCCAUCAGUCCACGAUGAGACCUCUGACUCUACCUGUCCGACAGGAAGGGUCUGAUGCAAAUCUACACUAGUCUCUGCAGUGUUACUUUAAGUUUUAUUUUAUUGCUGCUCAACGUUUUGUUUGUAUGUGUGAAAGAGAAGAGUGAAUGUUUUCCAUAACUGGAUCUGGUCUUGAAGAGAAAUUUUGGGCCUGCAUUGUUUUUUCUCUUUUCUUUCAAUAUAUAUUUUGGUAGGAUUAUGUCACUGCUCGGCAAACCAGUAAUACGCAAACUUUCCCAAAUAAAUAUUGUUACUUAUGUGAAGUUGCCAAAGAAAUGGAAUUGUUCGAGCCACAAAAUGGGUCCAAAAUACUUCACCUCGAGGGCUUGUUUGUGUUAAAUCAGCCAAAGCUCUCAAUGUGAUUAGAGAAAGUAAGAGUGCCAAUUAUCAGUGGCAGAACAUCAGUGAAGUGAGCUGUUUACCAAGACAAUAUGUUUAGUUUCUUUUUUUCUUCUAGGUACUUACAUUGUUUUGUCUGAUUGCUUAAGCUGAUUUGCAGUGACACGCUAACCCUGCUGGAAUCAGUAAAUGUGUGUAUUUUAAAAUAUGCGUUUCAUAUUUGAACUACAUUAUUUAAUGCAGUCAUAGUGAAUGUUAAAUGCUUCAGUAGGGUUGAUUUGCGUGGAACUGGCUUUCCAGCCUCUUGAGUUAGUCACCAGUGUGUUUUAAAGGCGGUUGUGUGCCUUUAUCAAAUAAUGACGACAAACAUGCAGAUACAGCAGCUAAAAUAUCUUUUUUUUUUUUUCGUCAACAUUUAUUCUCCAACAUUAAUUUUUUUUGCUGGACGUUUGGUAGGUAUCUCAGAUCAGGACCAUGUAAUCUCAUCUUCAUAUGCCAUUUGUGUGUUUGUGCGUGAGGAUGUGAAGAGAAAAUGGCAUGUAAUAAAUGAUCUCAGCUGUGCAAUGA